GCCAGGGGGCCGGACAGGCGACUGCAGCCCGCGGUGAACAGAAGCCAUCGACGUGGCCCCGCCAGGUACCGUCGGGCGCGGAAGUUACCAGCUUUGCCUGAUUCCACUGCCCCGGGCGCUCACUGUUUGCAACCAUGCCCUCCUACACGGUCACCGUGGCCACUGGCAACCAAUGGUUCGCAGGUACAGACGACUACAUAUACCUCAGCCUCGUGGGCUCCGCGGGCUGCAGCGAGAAGCACCUGCUGGACAAGGCGUUCUACAACGACUUUGAGCGGGGCGCGGUUGAUUCUUAUGAUAUGACUGUGGAUGAAGAACUGGGGGAGAUCCAGCUGGUCAGAAUUGAGAAGCGCAAGUACUGGAUCCACGAUGACUGGUACCUGAAGUACAUCACACUGAAGACACCCCAUGGGGAUUACAUUGAGUUCCCCUGCUACCGCUGGAUCACGGGUGAGGGUGAAAUCGUCCUGAGAGAUGGACGAGCAAAGUUGGCUCGAGAUGACCAAAUUCAUAUUCUCAAGCAGCAUAGACGUAAAGAAUUGGAAACUCGGCAGAAACAGUACCGAUGGAUGGAGUGGAACCCUGGCUUUCCCUUGAGUAUCGAUGCCAAGUGUCAUAAGGAUUUGCCCCGUGAUAUCCAAUUUGAUAGUGAGAAAGGCGUGGACUUUGUUCUGAACUACUCCAAAGCACUGGAAAAUUUGUUCAUCAACCGUUUCAUGCACAUGUUCCAGUCAUCCUGGAAUGACUUUGCUGACUUUGAGAAAAUCUUCGUCAAGAUCAGCAACACUAUUUCUGAGCGGGUCAUGAACCACUGGCAAGAAGACCUCAUGUUUGGCUACCAGUUUCUGAAUGGAUGCAACCCUGUGCUCAUCAGGCGCUGCACAAAGCUGCCUGAGAAGCUCCCAGUGACCACGGAGAUGGUGGAGUGCAGCCUAGAACGGCAGCACCUAGAACAGGAGGUCCAGCAAGGGAACAUUUUCAUUGUGGACUAUGAGCUGCUGGAUGGAAUUGAUGCCAACAAAACAGACCCCUGCACACAUCAGUUCCUAGCUGCUCCCAUAUGCCUGCUGUAUAAGAACCGCAACAAGAUUGUCCCCAUUGCCAUCCAGCUCAACCAAACCCCAGGAGAGGAGAACCCUAUUUUUCUCCCUUCGGAUGCCAAAUAUGACUGGCUUUUGGCCAAAAUCUGAGUGCGUUCCAGUGACUUCCAUGGACACCAGACCAUCACCCACCUUCUGUGCACACACCUGGUAUCUGAGGUUUUUGGUAUCGCCAUGUAUCGCCAGCUGCCUGCUGUGCACCCCAUUUUCAAGCUGUUGGUGGCACAUGUGAGGUUCACCAUCGCCAUCAACACCAAGGCCCGCGAACAGCUCAUCUGCGAGUAUGGCCUCUUUGACAAGGCCAAUGCCACUGGAGGUGGCGGGCACGUGCAGAUGGUGCAGAGGGCCAUGAAAGACCUGACCUAUGCUUCCCUGUGCUUCCCCACGGCCCUCAAGGCCCGGGGCAUGGAAAGCACUGAGGACAUCCCCUACUACUUCUACCGAGAUGAUGGGCUGCUGGUGUGGGAGGCCAUUCAGGCGUUCACAUCUGAAGUGGUGGGCAUCUACUAUGAGAGUGACCAGGUUGUAGAAGAGGACCAGGAGCUUCAGGACUUUGUGAAGGACGUUUACGUAUAUGGCAUGCGGGGCAAUAAGGCCUCAGGCUUCCCCAAGUCGAUCAAGAGCCGGGAGAAGUUGUCCGAGUACCUGACUGUGGUGAUCUUUACGGCCUCGGCCCAGCACGCAGCGGUGAACUUCGGCCAGUACGACUGGUGUUCCUGGAUCCCCAAUGCUCCCCCAACCAAGCGUGCCCCACCGCCCAAGGCCAAGGGAGUGGUGAACAUAGAGCAGAUUGUGGAUACUCUGCCCGACCGUGGCCGCUCAUGCUGGCAUCUGGGUGCAGUGUGGGCUCUGAGCCAGUUUCAGGACAAUGAGCUGUUCCUAGGCAUGUACCCGAAGCCUGGGAAGGAGGCCAUGGCCCGAUUUCGCAAGAACCUGGAUGCCAUUGUCAGCGUGAUUGCUGAGCGCAACAAGAACAAAAAGCUGCCCUAUUACUACUUGUCUCCAGACCGAAUACUGAACAGUGUGGCCAUCUGA